AUGUGUACCGGAUCGUGGAAGCGGACGUGGGCGGUUGCACUUACUGCACGACGGGAAAGGAUUCGGGCUUCGAAAAGUUGGCGUCCAUCACCUCCGUCGGAGUCAACAAUCAGGGGGCCGCCCCUUGCCUCCAAGAAUCUGGCGUUCAGAUCGCUGUCCCCUUUGGUUCGCCCUUAUGCAUUCGACAAAGAUGUCGCAGCUCUCGACGUACGUGUUCAUCACAUUGCGUUUGAUAUUUGAUAUAUAGGUGCAGAGUACACAAUGAUCAUGCUGUAAAAAAAAGGCAAUUUUUGAGUCGUUACAACAUGCUGGAAAAGAAAAUGCAAAUCGAACUUGAUUAACAUGUGUAUGGGUAUGUAAACUAAAAAUACCAGUUUACUCAAUUCCACUUCCUAAAACUUGAGCGCGAAACUUUUUCACAUAAUAGCUUUUGUCCGACCAUGCCGGUGGAAACGAUAGAAAUUUCACACCGCCUCGCUUCAUCAUGUAUGUGGACAACCCGGACUAUGCGGCGGGUCUGAUCAACACUGCUAUGGAGAAUGCGCAGCAAUGGAGAGGACCACAAGCGCCGCCGCAGAUGAUGAUGCAGGGCCCGCCCGGAGGUGGUGGGCCAGCUGUCGGCACCAAGGAAAAGCUCAAAGAGCUCACGGAAAUGUACCAGAUGGGACUCGUGUCCCCCGCGGAGUUUGAAAGCAAAAAAGCGCAGCUGCUAGCGGGAAUGUGAGCGACGGAAGAUCUGCUCGGGAAGACUAUUGGGCAUUUAAUACGUCGCCUAAUUUUGAUUCAUCUUGUAGUUUCUGCAUUUCGAUUUGAGCAUCAGGUGGACUUAAGUACAAAAAUCCUUCAGCAGCGUUUUGGUAGAAUAUUGGUUUUCCUUUCCAGUAGAACAGAACGAUUUUCAUUUCUUGUUGUAGAGAAUUGUGUGCGACUUUAUUUCCUAAUAUCAUCUUGUGGCAUGAUGAUGUUGAUGAUGAUGAUGAUGAUCCGGAAGCACAGCUUUGCCAUGGAUGUGCCAAUUGGUUCUUCAUGAAAGUUAAGCGUGUGGUGCUCUCAAUUUGAAUAUUUUUCAAUGAGAUAAUCACUUUCGGUUCUCCUGCUUGGAGGAUUAGGAUUCCUCUUUCGGUUUGGC